CCGAGGUCACGUCCUCGGAGGCGGGUGAUCUCUUCAGCCCCGAACAUGGGUUGAACUGGGCAGGUACCUCUCCCGGCCGCUUCCCCGCGGCUGUGGUGUCUGUGGGUAGAUGGGACCCUCUUCCCGACUCCUGUGUGACUCCGGCCGCCCCUUCCCCGUGUUCCGGGCUUCGCUUCACCUUCAGGAAAAGGAGGGCCUGGCAUUGGUGUCCCCCCCAAUCGCCCUUUCCCCUGCCUUUGGGGGGUCUGUGAAGUUCCAGUUGCUGUUUUUAUCUAUGGGCUGCGGCCGUUUUUAUCGAUCACUUAUGCCGAUGGAAGAACUAUGGGCAAUUUUUUGUAUUAGUCCCGGUUUAAUUGAGGAAACUGAGGUUUGGAAAAGUUGAGUAACUUCUCGGAAUACUAUUCCAGACGGGAAACCAUCCGGGGCCCCAGAAUCGGCGCUUGUAAUUAGGAAGCGACGUUAAUUAUUCUCAGGAACAACUCCCUGUGGGCUACUUCUUCCUCGGAAUGAAGGAAAUGGCUGAGUAUGUGGGUGGGUCAGGUUGGACCUCUGAAAUGUAAAUUAAUCCGCGGGGGAAUCCGAAAAUUUACUGUCUGCAAAGCUAUUUGUCAUCUUUUUCAUCUUCACACACCUGCCCCGGCAAGCACCCCGCCCUAACACCUGGGUGAGAGGUUGCAUUCGGGCCUUUUUCAAAGUCUUUGUGGCAGUUUGUGGUGUGGGGAAGUGACCAGGAGAAAAAUGGCUCCUCCUGAUCAAAUGCACCCCCACUCCAGUUCUGAAGGGAUUGCCACACUCCCCUCUCUUCCAGGACUUGAGGUCCGGCCACCUCCUCUCUGUUGAAUAAGUAUGGUUUAUUAGGGGUUUACGAAGAAGAAGCUAUUUCAUGUGUAUAAUCUGACACCAGUGGACUCGGGCCUGGCCUGGAAAGUCUGGGAAUAUGAAAGUCUUGCCGACACUUUAUACUGGCUGUUCCCUCUUCCCUUUCUUGAAGCAAAACUCCUUUACCCUCUUUGAACCUUUGCUCGGAUGUCACCUCAAUGAGCACUCCUCAGUCUAGGCCAGUUUAUGGGCUGCCUGCAUCCUUUCAGCACUGCCACCCAGAGAACUGCGGGUGAGGACUGCAGCUCUGAGGACCCUCCUGAUGAGCUUGGGCCCUCUCUUGCAGAAAGAGCCUUAAAGCUAAAAGCUGUUAGACUGGAGAAGGAAGUCCAGGAUUUGACCGUGAGAUACCAGAGAGCUCUAGCUGAUGGUGAAAACAUAAGAAGGCGAACCCAGAGAUGUGUAGAAGAUGCCAAGAUAUUUGGAAUUCAGAGCUUCUGUAAGGACUUGGUAGAGCUGGCAGACAUUUUGGAGAAGACUACAGAGAGCAUUUCUGAGGAAACAGAGCCUGGGGACCAGAAGCUCAGCUUGCAGAAAAUCUUCCGAGGAUUGUCGCUUUUAGAAGCAAAGCUGAAAAGUGUGUUUGCCAAGCAUGGCCUGGAGAAGAUGACCCCCAUUGGUGACAAAUACGACCCACAUGAGCAUGAACUCAUCUGUCAUGUGCCGGCUGGUGUUGGGGUGCAGCCUGGCACGGUGGCAUUAGUAAGGCAAGACGGCUACAAGCUUCAUGGCCGCACCAUUAGACUUGCCCAGGUGGAAGUGGCAGUGGAGUCUCAGAGAAGACUGUGAAUGGGCCGUGAGGAACUGAAUGUCCUUCAGAGUGCAGCCACUUGUGUUUCCUUUAUUUAUUAAACUAGGUUUGUAUUGUACAUGAGCUACUUCAUGUGAUCUUUUUGGGUUUAGUCAUAUUGGCUUUCUUUCUAAGACACUCUGUUGAUUUACUGUGACCUGUUUGGUCUGUCUCAUCAGGAGUCUUGCCAUUGGGCAUUUGAACAAUGUGACAAGUGUUCCUAUGGCCUUUAUCAAAAUAUGUUAAAGAAAAUUAUCUUUACAUUUGUACUCUGAUGACUUUCAAUCCAAAAUCUUUGUAAAAGUUGGAAAUGAAUAUAUGUUUACGUAUUUUCAACUGAAUAUUCCUUUCUAAUAGUCCCCAUAACAGGAAUUGUAUAGGAUCUUGUAUUUUGUGGGGAAAAGGAUUGAUUCAGCAUUUGGGUACUUAGGUGAUAAAGCUUUAUAGUUGUAUGAAUUUAGAUCAUUUGGGUUAAUUUUUAUGUACAUAGAUUUUCAGACUUUACCUUUUUAAAUUUUAUUUUCCUUUAAGCCAUUUUUGUCCUUAAAGUUCCUGCCAGGUAGACAUUAUAUUCACACUCAUUGUCUUUUUCUGAUUCCCAUUUAUAAGGGCUAAAGACCUCGGCAAAACUUGGAAGGCAGGGAACAUUGAGAAAUUAAGAUACCCAAUUCCCUUUAUGUCACAUGUAUGCAAACGUAUCACCCCUUUAAUGUAUUGACUUCCUAGAGUUAAUGAGUCUAUAUGUUUAUUUGUUAUUCUUUCAGUCUUACUUCUUAUAACUGGUGUUCCAUAAAAUGUGUUCAAUGUAUGAGUUAGUGAAUGGAUGAUACAUCAGACUUUAGAAAGGAGGUCACUUAUGGCUAUUUUAAUGCUAGAAGAGGCCUUAAUUAUAAACUAAUUUCACCCUUUCCACUUUUUCUGGCAUAUGAAAACAGUGUUUUUAGAAUUGGACAAAAAAAAAAAAAUUCUCUAAAACUAGUGAACUAAAUUUCACUGAGAACUCAAAUAAGGAACAACUAGAUAACUUUAACAGCUCUUUAAUGAACAUGCAAAAAUGUUCCCAGCGGACAACUAAGUGUUAGCUGUUCAGAUCGCAUAGGUUUAGGGUUGUUGUUUUUUCCCUUCAUUGUUUUAAUUGCGUGGGUUUAGGUUUAAGUUAAUUACCCAUAAAAUAAAUCCAUUUCUACUGGAACUCUGUGACUGCUUCCAGUGGAGUGGUAAAAGUUAUCCUCUUAGACAUACAUAAUUCUAGGACACUACACAGACUUAGAUCAAUAGAGCCAUCUGCCUAUGAGCCCUACCAUCUCCAUCAGACUUAGACACUUUAAAAAAGAAUGCAUGCUCUUAAAAUGCAAACAAAACACUGGUGGUAAGAUUUUAAAACCAGAACCUCUUAGCAUCUGCUAAGUGCAUAGUAUAAAUUUAAUGAGCAUUCAGAUUUCACAAUAGGAAUUUGUCUUUGUUUUGGCCUGUGUUCCUUUGAGAUUGACAGAUGGUGACAAUAAGAAAAUAAGCCAAUUAUAUUUAUUCAUGUGCCCUUGGAUUACAGGCUAUCAUUACCAGUGAAUUAAAAUAACCGUAAUUUUCGGUAUGGAAUGUUCUGAUUACUUGAAGAGUUUUCUAAUAUUCCUUGCAAGCUCCUGUUUUAGUAGUUUGAGAAUAAUUUUAAAUUCUUUUCUUAUUUAGUAGUUUUGUGGACUUAAAAGUGUAAAUUUAGAAAAUGGAGCUAGACAGUACGAAUCUCGAGUUGAAGGGCUUUUGAGAGCUAGAGCAGCAUAAUCAAGCAUAGGCUUGGUAGGUGUAUACCUGAACAUAAAUCCCAGCUCAGUCGUCAUAACCUUUGGCCCCAUUCAUCUCACCCUUCUGAGCCUGCUUCCUUAUUUGUAAAAAUGGUUAUAAUCUUCUCACAGUAUUGUGAGGAUUAAAUGAAAUGUGUAACUUGCCUAUUUUAGUAGGCCCUCAAAUAUUUAUUUUUAUUGCUUUUUAUUAUACACAUUGUUUUUCCUGUUUUUAUAGCUGCCUAAAGUCUAGGGAAAGGGGAAUACUGGUUGAGAGGUACUUAACUAUUCAAACUUACAAGCUAAUCAGAGUGAUGUAUUUUUCUUCCAGCUUCUGGUUGUUUUGGGGUUUGGUUUUGUGUGGGUUUGUUUUUUUUAAAUCAUAAUGCAAGAAAUCCACAUUUAGACUGAUUGAGCAAGAAAAUUGUGUUGGUGCUCUGAAUCAUUUUCACCUUGAUGGUAAUGUGAAAAGACAUUGGCUUGCAGUGGAUAUGGGACGAAACUUUGGCUCAUGUAAAGAAGGGGUCUUGGUGUUUUGGUACUUGGAUUCUAGCAGAUUUUUCCCACUGCCAUAAAGAAACCAGUCAGUACAAUACUGAUGUAACUUCUUUGGUGCUUUCAUGGCAAAGGAUUUGCUAAGUGAAGAAAGGCUCUUAAACACUAAAACAAAAUCAGAGAGGGAAAACUAAGGAUGAUAUAUGAUGUUCAGAAAUAACGAAUAAAACCCAACUUGAAAUAACUGCAA